CACACACACGCGCGCACACAAACAUACGCACACAGAUACGCAUAAUUGCCACAUUUACGCUUUGGGUUUAUUAAUCGAGUCACUACUACAUUUGAUCGCUUUUCGCCUGCUUCCUUCACUCCUACACUCUUUCCCGCACAGUGUCUCCAUCUGUCUGUCUACCUGCUUGUCUGUUUGUCUGUCCAUCUCUGUGCGUCUCUCUCUCUUUCUUUCUUCCUUCCUCUCUCUCUCUCUCAUUUAUACUUUCACUUUCUGGCAAACUGCUUCUUUGUGUCUCGGGCAUAUUAUAUCUAAUACACAUAUACACCCAGUUCUCUCUCUCUCCCUCUACUUCUCUCUGUCUCUCUGUCGCUGUUUCUCUCUUUCGUUCACUCUCCCGCCUAUGCAUUUUCUACCAUUCGUACUGCCACCUGUUUUCGGCACUCGCGUUACACUGACCGUACAGCACAAUAACAACAACCGCCAAGUCACAACUGCUGCCAUCAUUACAACGCUCUUUCUACUAGCACACCGCUACCAUCAGCAUCAUGCAACUACAAUUACGGCCAUCAGCCCCUUACAUCACAACCACCAUAGCCCUGCUAACUUUACAGUAAUACCACUACAACCACCGCCAACAACAACAACAGCACUACCUCCACUACAAUACCAACACUAUCACAUUACAAUUAGGCACUAUCACUCCAAACACCUGUUCCCACCCUAGUACUGACACCUUACCGCUUCUAUAACCUCGACUGCCACCAUCACCACCAUCACUACUUUAACCUUGGUAUCAUUAAUACGAUCACAAAUUGCUAAAACAAGAACAACAGUAACAACAAAGAGAACUUAGUAGGAACCAACAAAAUAAAAGUAACAAAAAAAAAAUAAACAUUCAAACCGAACGAAAACAAGCUUUAUCAACAACUAACGCAAGACUACCACGACCACUACCACUUCACUACUACUACUACUACUACUACUACUACUACUACUACUACAACAAUUACUAAAGCACUACAGCAGGGAUCACCAUCACCACUAGAAGCCACUGCAGCAUUGAAAACAUUAUUACAACUAAUACCAGCAGCAGCAGCAGCAGCAGUAGCAGCAGCGGCAUCAGCAGUAGUAGUAGCUUUACCAAAAGCUAGCACCACUAUCGACACAUUAUCGAUACCACCGACAGCAGUAUCAACAACACCAACAGUAACAGAACCAUUAACCAACAUUACUAUAACUAGUAUUAGCGCCACUACUAUCACUACUACAAUUACUACCACCAUUGUCACUACCAUCACUACCAUUACCACCACCACCACCACCACCACCACACACGCAAAAGAAAAAAAGAAAAAAUUCCAGCGCGACCAUUACCACUUUCACUACGGCUACGACGACUACUACCACCAACACUCGUACCAACAUCACCAUUUCCAGCCACGUCAACACCAGGUGUCAACAAAAUGGGGACUUCCGAAUAUGGUGCGGUAUUUUUCUAUUGUUUACCAAAAUGCCUUAGAUGAAAUAGAAAGUUCCUCGAUUUGUGUACAAAAGAAGGAAUGUAUGUAUACAAACGAGGAACAACCGGUGUAUAUUUAUACAUACUUUUAUAUAUAUGUAUGUGUACAUCUACACAUGUAUGUAUAUAUGUAUAUCUAUGUACGUAUGUAAUGUAUGUACGGAAAGCCCUUACGCCAAAAACCUUCUCUACUCUCACACGGUCCACCACAUGCUUACAAACAAAAUACUCACAUAGACACACUCACACAAACAGCAUAGAUGAGUACUCGCUCGCACAUUCAUGCAAACACAAUCAAACAUAUGCGUGUAUAUAUGUGUUUUGUAUAAAUUGUAUGUGUACAUAACAAUUAACCCGUUGAAAUCGUUUUACUGACGCUAAAAGUUUGACAAGUUCCUAUCAUGGUAAUUUCUUCAUAACGAGAACGACUUCCAUUAUUCUAAAUUCUCAUCCUCGUCCUUUCUCUUUCACCACAUUUUCUCAACGUUGUUGUUGUUAUUAUUAUUAUUAUUAUUAUUAUUAUUAUUAUUAUUAUUAUUAUUAUUAUUAUUAUUAUUUAUUAUUAUUAUUAUUCCUGGUGUUAUUGUUGGUUCAGUUCGUUGUUGUUAACGCGCUGUAUUGGAUUUGGAUGCUUACUUGGAAGUGUUGAAGUUCGCUUAUAUUACUAACACUUAUAGAAUGGAAUGAACGGCACCUCUUCUGAUAUGCUGCCACUAAAAACAGAAAAAUAAAGCAAACUUUUCAUGGUCUGUACUUGUGUAAGAAAAUCAAAAACAGCAAACACCAUAUCUUUUUUAACACGUUUUGAAAAUUUAAUUUGAUAUUUUCCUGUACGUAUUAUUUUUCUAUUUCACCUGAACCGGUCGUUUUUGACAGACGUUAUUUACAUCAAUGUUUAACUGAAGUCUUUUCCGAAAGUGUUUUCUUACCUGUUACUACCACAGCGGUUGUUUUGCUUGGCUGACUUGAUAACCAUAGCAAUAGAAAGAGGGGGGAAAAGUGAGAGAGAGAAAGAAAAAUCAGAAAGUUGAAGUGAGAGGAAAGGAGGAAGAGUAAAAGAGAGUAAGAAAAAAAUAAAGAAAGAAGAAUGACAGAAGAACAAUAUAAAACAAGAGUAGCUAACUGAAGAGCAGGAAGUAGAAGUAAAUAGAAAAGUGAAAUAGUAAGAGUGAGUGAAGAAGUCGGACAGGCAGACUGACAACGAGGUGGUUGAGAAAGAUAUAGACAAUAAGAGAGAGAGCGAGGGGAAAACGAGAGAGUAUGUAUGUGUGUGUGUAUAUAUGCCAGAGAGCACGAGGGAAUGAGAGUCAAAAAAGGAUGAGAAGGAAAAUAGUGAAAACAACAGACCUUCUGUGAACAGGAGGACAGGAGUAUUACAAAAUCCUGACUUGUUUCCCUCCCAAACAGAAUGAAAUGUUUGCAUUAUCAACACAUCCACGUUCAGUGGGAAAACACUCGAUUCGUAAUAUUCGAGUCGAGUACAGGUUCCACCAGUCGAAUUUUCUAUGGAUGUUCGCUGCUAUGAUUUUGUUUUCUGUUUUCAAAAGCAAUAUUUCAGCUUUGAACAGCAAUGAGUUUCUGGGUACAUCAGCCCCAACCAGGCAAAUACAGAAUCGGUCAGCUAUGUCAUUCAAUAACCUUUCUUCCUUUCCACAUGCUACUCACACUUCACCAUUGCAUUCCUCAUUAAACAGCAAAACUUUGACAAUUAUUUUGCCAGACCCAGAUUUCUGUAAUCUGACGUUAUUAGAAAAAAUUAAAACCUGGACCAAAAACAUGGCUAGUCAAAUGCAAUAUACACUUUCACCGUCCCCGACAGCUUCUGCUACGGAUAAAAUAGCAGCGAACUCUUCAAAAUCAUCUAAGAUGGAAAUUAAAAAGGCAACCCCAAAGUUUACUUUCAAAUGGCACACAUUCUGCGAGGUCCAUGCAAACAACCAAGGAAGAGAAAAUAUAGAUAUUUUCGAAAGGCCAGAUGUAGCCCUCUAUAAGCUAUUUGAAGAUCCCGGAACUUGUAUCGUGCUCAGCUUGCCAAAAAGACAAGAAUUGCCACUAAGAUAUGUCGAUCGUAACCAACAUUGGCAAAACUUAUAUCCUCAACAGGAUGAAAAAUCUGGAAACAAAGAGGUUUUUGAUAUCUGGAGUAUAGAAGACUUACGAGUUCCUCAGGAGGAUUUUUACCACAAUGUUCUAAGCUUAGCUCCUGUAUGGCAAAAACCUUAUAUCGCAGCUAAUGGUGAUGUUAUCGUUCGGGAUGUCAGAACCCCACAUAUUAUCAGCUUGGUGCCUAAGAUUUUACAAAUAGUGAAGGCAUUAAGUGUCAUAUUUGACCACUUCCAUUGGCAACAUCUAGUAAUCAUUAGUAACCAAGAUGGAUAUUGGUUGGAGUUUGCCAGAAAAAUGUUUGUAGAGCUUGUUUUACGCCACUUUUAUGUAAAAUCUUUCAUAUUUGAAACGGAUAAAUUACUAACCGCAACUGAGGGUCAUGAAGAAAAUAUCACGAAUUUGGACAAAGGUGAGUUACCAUACUUCAUUUAACUCUGUUUUCAAAGAACAUCUCACAGGAAUAUUACUCUGUAUGGGAGAAGAAGACAUUCAUCAUUUGCUUUUUCGGAACCAAAAUAUUGGAAUUAUUGAGAAGCAUCAUGCAGUAAUCAUGUUCAAUCCAUCUCCUUACCGGACAGUUCAAGAAUAUAUGGAAAGAAUAACACGCCAGACUUCAAAAAUUCAACCACAACAUAUGGCAACCAUUCACAACAUACUUGAAUAUACUUUUGUUUUACAAGUUUCGUUCCUUUCAGAACUUCCAUCCAACUAUGCAAGCUCUGUUGUUGACUUGAAUGUCAGUAGGUAUUUUGUAGAAAACAAACAAGACACACACAAUUUACAUUACACUUCCAUUAUCAGGGAUGUGCUUCAGAUGUUGCUUUACACAAAUAAUAACAGUUCUUCUUGUCCCAACACAGAGACAUUGAAAAAAUCUCUACGACAGAUAGCAUUUCGAUCUCCUGCUGGGUGGAUAUUAAUCGGUAAAGAAAAUCUAGUACACUUUGAAUACAAAUUAUAUGAUUUUAAUCCAACAUCACAAGAGUUUGAACUUGUUCUACAACUGAGCCCAUAUGGAUCAAACUAUAAACUGGUACUGAAUGUUAUUCAAGCAAUAUUCUGGCCAAAUGGAUUAAAAAUUUACCCAGAUCCUUGUUUCAAAACAAAGGAGAACUGUAUAGAAUCAGAUAUGAGUCCACUUCUGAUAUCAUUGAUAUCCACUUCUGUGAUUGGUGUGCUUUCACUUAUAUGUUUGCUCUAUAUGAUGAUUCGACGUUAUUUCCUGCAGAGGCAAGUUGAGAAAGGCCCAAAUAAGAUUGUACUACACAACGAUGACUUAAUCUUUGUUCACCGGAAAAAAAGCACAAAGAUACCAAAGAGUACAACAUUAUUUGGAAAACCAGAUCUUCUACGUGGUUCAGAGCCUUCUAAUUCAAUGUCAACCUUAAAUGAGAUUUCCGAGUUUUCUGAGACAGCCAGAUACAACGGAGACAUGAUCUACGUAAAAGACUUGAAAAUUAAACAUUCUGAUAUGAAAAGUCGGCCUAAAUUAAUGAGCCAUCUAAAAUUGCUCCGAGAACUUCGACAUGAAAAUUUAAAUCCAUUUAUUGGGUUUUUAAAUGAUCCAGCAAGACCUUCAUUUAUCACAGAAUAUUGUACAAGAGGAAGUUUGGAGGAUGUUAUAUGUAACUUCGAUAUCAAGCUUGACUGGGAAUUUAAACUUUCUUUGUUAACAGAUCUUGUCAGGGGCCUACGUUACAUUCAAAGUUGUCCACUGAGGUAUCAUGGUAAUUUGAAGUCUCGGAAUUGUGUUAUUGAUAGCCGCUGGGUGUUAAAGAUCACAGAUUAUGGUAUCCCCGGCAUGCUAGAAGGUGGGAAGGCUGACAGGAAUCUCACAGCAGAAGAUAUGCUUUGGUUUGCUCCAGAAGUCCUUCGAAAUAUGAAUUCUAAAGGACGAUGGUUAGAUAAAAGUGAUGUGUACAGUUUAUCAAUAAUAAUGCAGGAAAUAAUUUUAAGAAAUACCCCCUACUCCAGCCAUGGCCUUUCAGCUGAAGAAAUAAUACAAAAAGUAAAAAAACCACCACCAUUAAUACGGCCAUCGGUCUCACCACAAGCUGCUCCACCACACUAUAUUCAGCUAAUGAAACAAUGUUGGGCCGAAAAUCCAGAUAUGCGUCCAGAUAUUGAAAGUAUAUAUCAUCAAUUUAAAGAGUUUAAUAAUGGAAGGAAACAAAAUUUUGUUGACACAAUGUUUAAAAUGCUAGAAAAAUAUUCAACAGAUUUAGAAGACAUUGUACGAGAAAGAACAAUGCAACUGGAAGAGGAGAAAAAGAAAACUGAUGAACUUUUAUAUCGAAUGUUACCAUCAUCAGUUGCUGAGUGCUUAAAAUGUGGAAGAAGAAUUGAAGCAGAAAACUAUAGUGAUGUCACAAUCUACUUCAGUGAUAUUGUAGGUUUUACUUCCAUCUCAGCAAUGAGUACAGCCAUGGAAGUUGUUAACAUAUUAAAUGAACUUUAUACAAUGUUUGAUGCGACCAUAGACAACUACGAUGUAUAUAAGGUGGAAACAAUAGGGGAUGCUUAUAUGGUUGUAAGUGGUCUUCCAGAACGUAAUGGAAUAAAACAUGCCGGUGAAAUUGGCACAAUGGCAUUGGAUCUUUUGUACCAAUGUGGCAACCUACGAGUUAACCAUUUGUGGAAUAUGCCUUUGCUCCUGAGAAUUGGAUUACACACUGGCCCAUGCGCAGCCGGUGUGGUAGGGUUAAGAAUGCCAAGGUACUGUUUAUUUGGUGACACUGUUAAUACAGCUUCACGCAUGGAGUCCACAGGACUACCUUUCCGGAUACACUUGAGUGGUUGUACAAAAGCCAAGCUUGAUGAACUUGGGGGCUAUAAAUUUAAAUAUAGAGGAGAAGUCGAACUGAAGGGUAAAGGAAUAGCAAACACAUACUGGCUUGUUGGUAAAGAAGGAUUUGAUAAGAAGCUGCCAGCUGAUCCAACAAAAGACAUGUCAGGAAUGAGUUCUAGCCAACUAAUUGAAGAGCUGAUGAGAAUCUCGAAGGAAGCUGCAGAGAAAGAAGAACAGAUAGCAGCUAGUAAUAAAGCUGUACCAGUUGUAAUCGAGAGUCCAACAAGCAAUACAGCUGAAACUUCUCCAGUUGCAAGUAAUACUCGUUCUGAUGUGUCAAAGACAUCUCCGACUGUAUCCCAUCAAAUUUUUACCAAUGCAUCAGUUCAUGAUGAUGGAAGAGAUCUCGUUGCUAUUCACACUCGUACAGGGUCGCAAAAAGGAACCUCAUUGUUCAAUGAUCUAGAGUGUUUGGACACACGGCCUAUUGCCAGAAACACAAGCUAUGCCACUGGUAUUUGUAAAAGUUGGGGAAAUAUAACAAAAGUUGAUAAUAUGGCCUUGCACAGUGGUGACAGAAUGCAGACUCCAGGUAUUGUAAAAUCUGCACUCCGGCGAAUAAGUUCACAUAAGUUUGACAAAAGAGAAUCAAAGCUUGCCUUACCAAGGAGAGGAAGUACUCCUAAAGCAACAGACGGUCUUGAAUUGAAAGUAGUGCUUUCCAAAUCUGAUCAGAUAUUCCACCCUGACACACUAAGACCUGUCUUCACACAUAAAGGUGGAAGUUUUCGACGAGUUGAUCCAAUAGAUACUAAAUUUUCAUGUAGUAACAAGGACAAAAAUAACAGCGUGUUAAAGAAUACUAAGCCUUCAUGUGAACCUGAAAAGCACAAUACAAAAGAGAUGUUACUUAUAUCAAGAGAUGCUUCUCGAAAAUGUGCAUCUGAUCAACCAAUUGCCGAUACAGGACGAUCACAUUCUAAGAAAGAGUCUCGUAAAAUUAAAGCUCUGGACACAACUGCAGUUUUCCCUGUUGAAACUAUUAGUGUCAUCAGUAAACCAGAACUGUUUGAACAGAAAGAUACAUCCCCAAAGAAGUCCAGCCCCCUAAAACAUGAUAAAAAUGAAGAAAAUAUGGCUGGAGAUAUUUGUAAUUUUUCAAAUCCUAAAGUUUGAAUAUCAUUGUUGGUCAUUGGUUUCCAAUACACAGACAUACACAGUUUUUUCCUAAUAAUUGUUUGAAUUGUUUCCCUUUUUACCAUUGUUGUUAUUCAGUAAUAAAGUCAGGUUUCAUACAGGAAUUUCCAACUAUCUAAGGCAGUGCUCCAGCAUGGCCACAGUCAAAAUGACUGAAACAAGUAAAAGAAUAAAAGAAUAUCUGGAAAAGCAGUUAUACAUAUCAAAAUGGAUCAUAUGAAGAAAAAUAUUUGUGGUAAAAGAAAUCCAUUAUAAAAAAAAUGCUAAAGAACUUGUGACAAACCAUUCCCAUACUUAAUGUUAAAGAGAUUUUACUUCUUCAAUAGAGUUUUUGAUCAGUGUUAAAUAAGUAGUAAAAUUUUCUAGCUAUAUACACAAUUAUACAGGCCAUAUAUUUACAUAUAUAUAUAUAUACAGAAGCAUAUAGGCACUAUGGGAUACACAAUGUUUUAAAAAGGAAAAAAAGAACUUUUUUUUUAAUCUGAAGCACUAAACUUAAUUUAGAAAUGUGAUUGUGGCUUUGUCAGUAAGACAGUAGGUAUUUUUCACCUAGAGUAUACUUGAUGAAUCCCGUCUUAUACUGAAGUAUAAUUUUAAUAAACUACUCCAUUUCUAUGUGACAUGUAUUACAUAGAGAUAACAAAAAAAAGAAAAGAAAAGAAUGUGUUAAAAAUGAGCCUUAAGAUAUUGUAUAUCUCUGAG